CAACUCGCUCAGUCGAGCAUUAGACGCCAACGCGUUCGGUACCAGCUCUAUCUCUCUCUCACUCCCACACACACUCUCUCUAUCUCUGUCUAUCUCUGCCUGUCUGUUGCCUUAACCGUCUCAGUCGCACCUCAACUCACACCCAAUCGCACUACACACACACACACACCCGCAAACACCCGCAUAACACCCACAUAACACCCACCGAACGACUCCAGAGGAAAAGUGUGAAAAGUUCGUUCUUCAGCCACGGGGCUCUGCUCUUAUGUAUACAACUCCCCGCACCCGGUAAAAUGUUUCUGGCGGUUAACCAGAGUCUGCAGAACACCAGCAAGAAGCGCAAGCGCCGAACGCCUGGCGAUGAUCCGCCAGAGGAUCCAGCGGAUGGGACCAACCCAACUCCACAGCUGGAGACCAGUGCCUCCAGUGAUCAGCUGGUCGUCCAAGGAGCAAUCUGCCAAACGUGCAAGUGCCCUGGCCGCCAGUCUCUGACACUGAUCUACAUCUACUUGGGGGCCCUUACCCUCAUCCUGGCCAGCUUGUCUAUAGUCUUCUUGACACACAGCCAGGAUGAGCCGACGUCGUCGUCGCCCGUGGACAGUCCCUACUCGACAAGUGCAUUCCGAGUGCAAUUCCAGAUGGAACUGCAGCGAUCGGAGGAUGAACUUAGGACAAUGGUUAAUAGGAUACUCGAGGAGGAGCAGCAACUGGGUGGCAGCACCACAGUAAGUAGCACCACCCAAUCAAGGGAUCCCCUCAAGAACGAGCGCAAGUUCACGGACAACCUGAUAAGCCACACACCACGACCCACCGGAAAACGAAUGCGUCGGGACAUCGCCUCCUCCGCUCCGGCCUCCAUGCAUGCUGAUCCCCUGAUCGAGUUCUUCAAUCCGAAUCAUCGGAAGGUUCUGGAAGAGCAGGACACCGAAAUCCGCAAGCGUACGGGUCAGAAGGGAGCCGCUCCUGGCGGCGAUGAGUGGAUCUAUUUGAACACCUACUGCCGUGUGCCCGAAAAGAUAAUCACAGGCUUUUGCAAGGGCACCCAGGACUACUGUCCACCGGCCCCGCAAGGUCCGACGGGUGAGGUGGGUCCCAAAGGACCCACUGGAAAUCCCGGUCUGCCUGGCAUUCCGGGACCCAAGGGAAAUCGUGGCGAUGUGGGAUUGCCUGGUGCUCCGGGCGUCGAUGGUGUGGGUCAUUUGGGUCCCGCUGGACCACGCGGACCCAAGGGAGACGCUGGGGCCACUGGUAGGGCCGGUCUAGAUGGUCGUGAUGGAGUGCCCGGUGAACCGGGACUCGAUGGCGUUCCAGGACGUGCUGGAGCCGAUGGAAAGAAUGGUCUGUCUGGCCGCGAUGGCAAGGACGGACUCCAUGGCAAGGAUGGUAAAGAUGGUCUGUCCAUUACGGGACCGAAAGGAGCUCAGGGACCGCCCGGCGAACGGGGUCUCAAGGGCAUUGCUGGGCCACGUGGUCGUCCUGGCAAGCCGGGCACUAAUGGCACUCCCGGAAUACCCGGCAUUAAUGCCUGGAAAAUGCAGUUCCCCAAUGGCAGCUCCACCAACGACCUACUCAUACCUCCCUCAAUAACAGAUGUGCAACUCCCAGACUUCCAGCGCACAGUGAUUGUGGAGGAGGGAAGCUCCCUGAACUUGAGCUGCUCGGCCACGGGAACUCCCACACCGCAAGUGGAAUGGCGACGCGAGGAUGGUCGCACCAUCAACGUCAACGGCGUGGAGAUGGCCUCCAUCAGCGGGCAGUUCCUGAAGUUCACCAACAUCACCAGACACCAAAUGUCUGCCUACACUUGCUACGCCAACAAUGGCAUCGCUCCCGUGGCCAAUGCCACUUACAUCGUGGAAGUUCAGUUUGCUCCCAUGAUAUCCGUUUAUAGGCAAAUGAUCUAUGCUGAGUACCAGAGCAGCGCCACACUGGAGUGCCAGGUGGAGGCCUUCCCCGAAGCCAUCAAGUACUGGGAACGUGCCUAUGACGGCAAGAUCCUUGACCCGAGCGAGAAGUACGGCAUUGAAACGUACCCAGAGGGUUUCAAGACCACCAUGCGCCUGACCGUCAGCAAUCUCCGCAAGGAUGACUUUGGCUACUACCAUUGCGUGGCCAGAAAUGAACUGAACGCUACUAUGGUCAACUUUGAAAUAGCACCUCAAGACCCGAACAGUGAGACGCCAUACGUGGGCAAUAACAUCAAGGUUUAUGGCCAAAGGCCGCCGGAGAGCGAGUGUCCUGUCUGUGACCAGUGUCCAGAUCCCAGUCUAUAUCAGUGCAAGGAUUCCAUACUGAACAACUUUGAGAUCCAGCCCACGGGCAACCUAAGCUAUCCUGGUCUUCCCAAGCGGCCAAAGACCUGCUAUCUGUAUGCUGUGGGCAAGCCAGUUUUCCACAAGGUGGUCAAUGAAAAGUUUGGCUCCUGGCUAAGGGAUCCCUCGCCGGACAGCGAUCGUGAGAAGACUUUCGUGACGAAUGAAAACGAUCCCUAUAACCUCUUUGAGUUCACCACUCGGAUUCAGUAUCGCAUGAACAGCAUUCCGAGAAGGAAAUAUGAGAUUCAAGAAGGUUUUCAUGGCAAUGCUCAUGUGGUUUUCAAUGGCUCCUUCUACUAUCAACAAAGGAACUCGGAUCUGGUGGUCAAGCUGGACCUAACUAGCCUCAAGAAGAUAACCACCCAACUACCCUAUGCUGGAGUGGCUGCAGCCAACAGACUUUACACAACGGACUUCAACUACAUGGACUUCAAUGUGGAUGAGGUGGGUCUUUGGGUGAUCUACAGCACCUACAACUCCAACAACACAAUGGUGGCCAAGCUGGAUGCCGAGACCUUGAAGAUGCAGUACAACUUCAACAUCACCUUGGAUCAUCAUCAAUUUGGCGAGAUGUUCAUCGUUUGCGGCAAUCUUUAUGCCAUCGAUUCGGGCACGGAUAAGAAUACCCAAAUCCGAUACGUUGUGGAUCUGUACAAGGGCAAGCUGCUCAAUACGAAUCUGCCCUUCUCGAAUCCAUUUAGCCAUACAACCACCGUUGGCUAUAACCCUUUGACUGUGGAACUCUAUUCCUGGGACAAAGGCAACGCACUCACAUAUCCCAUUCGCUAUAAUGAACAGCGUCUCAUCUCCGAUAAUAGUUAGGAGUUGGAGACCCAAAAACAAAAACGAUCUUAAAGAUCCACAGAGUCCAGGCUCAAAUCUAACUAGUCUAAGGCACCUUAAAUAAAUGCAAACUGUUUUUUUUUUU